UCCGAAGGAGCUGCCUUCUCUUCUCUUCUCUCCAAAGAACCAAUCGCCAUUAUGAGCUUCAACGGAAAGUUUGAACUCCAAACCCAUGAGAAUUUUGAGCCCUUCAUGAAAGCCAUUGGCCUUUCCGAUGAGCUGAUUGAAAAGGGCAAGGACCUCAAAAGCAUCUCUGAAAUUGUUCAGAAUGGCAAGAAGUUCAAGGUCACCGUGACAACCGGAAGCAAGGUGUUGACUAACGAGUUUACAAUCGGAGCGGAGGCUGAGCUGCAGACGCCAACAGGAGAGAGGGUCAAGGCCGUUGUUGAAAUGGAAGGAGACAACAAGAUGGUUGUGAACCUGAAGGGCAUCAAGUCUGUCACUGAAAUAAAUGGGGACACCAUCACUAAUACACUGAGCAUGGGUGACAUUCAAUACAAGAGGAUCAGCAAAAGAAUCUAGAUAACUCAGGCAUUUCUAUACUUUUACUGUGUAAAAGUAGUACAAUAAAGUGAAAUGUAUGCAAA